CACUUUAUGCUCGUCCGCUUUUGUCUUUAUUCCACGCUCCUCCCUGUAAUCAGCUGAGACUGCAGCUUAUCUCCCCCCUCCUCCUCUAACACCAUCUUGUCCCCUGUAACACAAAGGGUGCGAGAGAGGAGGGGGGACAGGGGACACCUGUGGAGGUACUCUGCCUGAUGCUCAUUCCUUGUCUCCUCCUGGUUCACCAGGACAAAAUCAGUCACAUCAACAUCACUCAACCUGUCACAGAGAACAUCUUCAUCUCCAAAGACAUUCAGCAUCUCUGAUGUGGCCGGCUCUGCUGUUUCCUUAAUAAAACUCCAGCUCGACUUUAGUUUGCUUCUAGACAUAACUGCAGCAUCUUUCAAGUCCUCUUUUGAUGUGCAACCAGGAGACUUCGGUGGCAGCAGAUCAACAAUGUGGUGAAUUACUGAAAGAUUGGGCAUGUUGGAUUCGAUGCUAAUAGGGUGUGCAUGAUAAGACGUUGUUUUUAUAUGGCAGAGUUGGAACCUGGUAGUCUGGUCCAAAAUAACUCUAUUUAUCAUGACAAAUAACAUUCAUAACCUUUCCACUCAUUCCUGCCAGGGAGAAUUGAACUUAAUGUACAUUGAGAAGACUAUUCCUGGCAGUUAUUCAUUGUCAAAAAGUUCUUCAGGAUUGCCCUGUAUUAGCCUUGAAGGCUCACAGACAAAACCAGAGAUGCAUAAAAGCCUUAACAGCAUUCGUUGUGUGCCCAAGUGUAAUGAGAACAGCAUUCAGCAUUCACACAGCUCCAACUUGUUGUCUACCCAAGACACAGCAGUUGAUCAGUGUUCUAUGAAAACAAGCUGCAAUCAUCUUUCUGUAGACAAAGCAGAGGAGAAGAUGCAGCAUAAGAAUCACUACCUUUCUGCAGACUCCUCUCUAGCUGCCACAGAGCCUGAGAUCACACGCAGCUUUGUCAGAUACAACGUUUCUGAAAAUAUUUCUCUUCUAGGGCGCUCAGAAAUGUCAAUGUAUGAAGCUGAAAGCCUUGAAAAGCUGGACACCCCAAACACGAUUGUCCAAAAGAGCUAUUCAGAUUACUGCUGUGGCCGUAGAAGUUCAGUGCCUCAUUCUGUCAAUGAAAUCAGUGCCACAUAUUCAAAUCUAUCCUCAUCUGGCAGUAUCUCUGGUUCUGGCAGCGAAAGGACUUGUAAUCUCAGUAACGUAACGCAAGACUCUGGAAUAGUUCACUCUUUAUCAAAUUUUCAGAACAACCUAACUGAUGCCACUUCUCCUGAUAGAGAUCACAACAUUCCACUGUGCCAUUUGGACAGCAGUUCCAUUCAGCACAAUAUAACAGUUUAUGCCGUGCCAGGGACAUAUCAGCAUGGCAUUUUAGGACCAAGGAACUCUGGGAAUGGUUUUCCAAAUAAUGGACACAUAUACAGUCAGUCACACUACAAUAUACCUGGGGUAAAGUCUUGUGAUAAUAUAUCUGAAACUAAACUCCAUCCCCAAGCUAUGAUUUUUCACAACAGUUGUUCAGUGCAUUGCUGCAGGAGCCAUGAACCUAUGAUAAAAGCAGAUGACACUGUUGCUGCAUAUUGCCACUCUCUGCCCAUACCAUCUGUUCAACUUUCAACUGGACUAGGACAUUCAGUUGGUGAUCCAAGCUCACUGAAUACGCAGUCGCAAUUGUGUUCCCAUUUGACACUUUCUGAUAAGUUGGCCUUUCCAAAACUAGUGUCAUCGGUCAGUGAAUCUGGACUUGAUGCUAAAAAGCUAAUAAGAUGUGGACAACUUACAUUUCCGCAAGCUCUUGUCUCAAUUGAAGAGCUGCAUCUAAAUAGUUCAGUAAAGGGGGACAAUGAAUUUCUCCUUAAAACCAUGGACAAUUCACAAGAUGGCUUGGAAUUUAAUUUGGGUGCAAAGAUGAAAGAUAACUGGACAAUGACGUCUAUGAAUUAUUUAUCACCAGAGCAAAGACUCCCACUUAGCUGCAAAGAUGCUGAAGUACAAACUAUUAUUAUUAUGGAAAAUAAAUCAGUGUCAACUAUUCCUUGCCUUCAAACCACUGGACAUUCCCACUUACAUCCUGAGGUUGGACUAGGGUUUAACCUGCAAUGUCCACAGACCCCUGUACGGGAGGUACGGUGGGAUAAUGAAGGAAUGACAUGGGAAGUCUAUGGAGCUGCAGUAGACCCUGAAGUCCUAGGCUUAGCCAUUCAGAAGCAUUUAGAGAUCCAAAUUGAACAGCAUAUGCAGCCUUCUGAACGGUCAGGUGAAAUCGAACAGCCUGCUAAAGAGAAGAGUAAAUCAUUUAGAACUGUAAUUCGUUCUCUAAGACAAUCUAACUGUUGUGUGAGGACAAACUCAACAUCUGAGUGAUAACUAAAAGCCUACAUAGCCAUUGUUAACUGUGUGAUGUCACUACAAAAUGUUACACAAAUAUACAUUUAUUACACAA